UUUACAAAUCAAACUAACAAAAUGACAGAGUGAUAUAAAAGUUAAACAUAAUAAACAUAAAACAUAAUAAAAUAAUAAAAACAUUGAAAUACAACAUCAUGUAUUUAUCCAUUUCAAACUAUUCAAUGAUCUAUUCAAAUGCUACAGAAUAAAAAUGUUUUUAAAGAAGAUUUAAAAAUGGCUAACGAUGAAGCUGAUCUCACAUUGAAAGGGAGACUUAUCCAUAGAUUAGGACCUAUCACAGAAAAGGCCCAGUCACCCUUACAUCUAUACCGGCAAUGAAGAACCCUCAAUAGAAGUUGAUCAGAAGACCUGAGUGCUCUGGUGGGGGAGUAAGUGUGUAGAAGGUCACUGAUAUAUUGGGGCACAAGUCCUGAUAGUGCCUUGUAGACAAAAAUCAGAAUUUUAAAAUCGACCCUGAAUUUCACAGGAAGCCAGUGUAGAGGUGCUAAAACCAGGGAAAUGUGAUCCCUCUUUCUUGACCCUGUUAAAAACCUAGCUGGCAUGUUUUUAACUAGCUGUAGGUGGGAUAACGCAAUUUGGGGCAGACCAAUGUACAAUGAGUUGCAACAGUCUUACCUUGAUGUAAUAAGUGAGUGGAUCACAGUUUCCAAGUCUGUAAGGGAAAUAAUUUUUUUUUAUUUUAGCAAUAGAUCUCAGGUGGAAAAAGCUACCCUUGACAACAGCACUGAUCUGCUUAUUGAAAAGUAAUGAGUCUAAAAUCACUCCAAGACUCCUCACAUGAUCUUGUACAUUCUACAACAGAGGACCUAACUGGGCAACCAGGCCAGGUAAGGAGGACAUGGAGGAACCUAAAAUCAGAACUUCAGUUUUGCUUUCAUUUAAUUGUAAGAAAAUGUUUGCCAGCCAAUGUUUAAUAUCUUUGAAGCAAUUUAGAGCAUUCUCAGGAGAACAAUUCUUGUCUACACUCACUGGGAAAUAAAAUUGGGAAUCAUCAGCAUAACAGUGAUACGAUAUGCUGUGCUUUAGAAAAAUAGAGCUCAUAGAAAGCAUAUGCUUGACAGGGAAAAUAACAAGGGUUCUAAAAUUGACCCUUGAGGGACACCACACUGUAACUGAGCCUACAUAGAAGAAAAAUUACCUAAAUUAACAGAAAACGUCCUUUCUUUUAGAUAGGAGGAAAACCACCGGAGGGUCGUACCCUGGAUGCCAACCAUACAUUCUAGACGAUUGAGAAGAAUAUUAUGGUCGACAGUGUCGAACGCGACACUGAGAUCUAAUAAAACUAAGACGACUUGUGAACCUGAAUCCAUGGAGAGAAAAAUAUCAUUAGUGACUUUCAACAAUGCAGAUUCAGCGCUGUGCUGGAACACUUCAUCUUGGAGACAACAUCUGCUAACUGUGCUGACGUAACUGGUUGAAAGUGAGUCAGGGAGCUGGACUUUGAAGGAAUUAGUGGUCGAUCAAAUUGUGAAGGUACAAUCGCACCUUUAAUCUGCUCAAUUUAGUGAGUAAAGAAGUUUAAAAAUGUUUCACAGUUCUCUUGAGUGGCGUCCAGAAAAGCAUUUCUAGUUGGGUUGAAAACAGAAUCAAUAGUUUUGAACAAUAGUUUGGGUCGAUUUGUAUUAUCAGAGAUUAAUGUAGAGAAAAACGUAGUUUUGCUUCCUUUACAGCUCUCUGAUAGUUAGUUAAACACUCAUUUAAAAUAUCAUAAGAGACCUGAAGCUUGUCUCGUUUCCACUUGCGUUCAGCUUUUCUGCACUCUUGUCUGAGGGCGCGAGUGACGUCAUUUAGCCAAGGCUGUGAAACACCCUUAACUCUCCUUGGCUUAAGCGGAGCGACAUUAUCAAGAGUAAAAGAACAAGAUUGAUUAAAAGCUUCACAAUUUAAACAAUAGAUCUAAUAAUAUAUAUUUUUAUUUAAUUUAAUUAUUAUUAUUAUUAUUAUUAUCAUUAUUAUUAUUUUAACACAGAAUCAACCCGAGUAAAGGCACUGAAGAUUUGAAGACUGUGGGGAUGUCAGGUGGUCAGAUGUGCCUGAAUGACUCUGAUGAACAGAAAUGGAAAAUGAUCUGAGAAUAGAAACUGUGCAAAAGUCAACGUAGCCAGCCUACUUUACAUCACACACGUCAAUGUUUCACUUAUACUCUUUAUCCAGAGAGCAGUUUCAUACAUGUUCUGUACAUUUACGUUCAUUCAAUAAUAGGCCUAAAAAAAACACAUAUACUGUACAUUUGCGCAGGUUUGUCGAUAUGAGGUUCCAAUCCGGCUUUACAUCUCACGAUUUCUAGGCUGAUGUACUCAAACUGGGCAUGCGCAGAGUGACUUCUGACUGGAGGCGAGAAGGAAAUUAAAGACCGAAAUUAUUCCCUAGCAAAUGUACAUUUCAAUGCUUGACGAUAAAAAAAAUUCACAUUACACGCACUACUGAGACUGAUGGAGGACAGGUCGAGACACAUGCGCCUGAGAGAAUGGCUCAUAGCGCAGAUAGACAGCGGCAAAUACGCUGGACUGAGCUGGGAAAACCAGGAGAAAACCAUGUUUAGAAUUCCCUGGAAACAUGCCGCUAAACAGGACUACAGACAGAACCAGGACGCAGCGCUCUUUAAGGCAUGGGCCAUGUACAAGGGUAAAUUUCAGGAGGGCAGGGACAAAGCAGACCCCUCCACGUGGAAAACUCGUUUGCGCUGUGCCCUCAACAAGAGCACAGACUUCCAGGAGGUUCCGGAGCGUAGUCAACUGGAUAUCUCAGAGCCGUAUAAGGUCUACCGUAUCCUCGAAGACAAUGGACGAGUCAUAGAAACUGCUGGAAACCCAUUGAUAUUGCAGGACAAUGACAGCAGCCGAGCGUUGAGAGGAACGCAUAUGCCUAUUCAGCAGGUCAACCCACUUGGUGACUCAAACAGAGAGAUAGCUCUAAAUGGCAGGUCGUAUGUGUAUCCCAGUACAGGCGCUGAAGUCUGUGGUAGCGCCAUUCCUCAAUCUGUUCCUCUGUAUUCCUCUCGGGGCCCCUUAACUGACUGCCGUCUGGAGGUGUGCUUGUUCUAUCAUGGUAACUUGGUGCAGAGUGUGGUAACUGCAUCUCAAGACGGAUGCUUCAUCCUGCAGGGCUGUUCUCCAGUAGGAAAUGAGCGCAUUUAUGGGCCUUGUGAAGCUAGGAAGGUCUUCUUCCCUCGUCCAGACAUUGUACCAUUGCCCCCGGGCAUCAGUGAUGCCAUGAGCCGCCUGCUUCCCCACCUGGAGAAGGGUGUGCUGGUGUGGGUCGCUCCAGAUGGCAUCUUCAUCAAACGCUUCUGCCAGGGCCGUGUGUAUUGGGACGGUCCGUUGGCCGAGCACAGAGAGAAACCCAAUAAACUGGAGCGAGAGAGGACCUGCAAACUCCUGGAUAUGACGAUUUUCUUAGAAGCUGUCGUCUCCGGUCGCUUUUAUCCCUUGCUCGCUCAUCAAGCUGACUGGGGUCCAGGCGUGCAUCAUUACAGCCCAGCCCGGCCCUUCGUGCUACACUCCUCCCUGCAUUGCCUCACGCCGGGGAGCCCCGCCUCCGUGUUACAGAUCCAUAAAGAUUUGCAAAAGCAUCAGCAGGGCACAGGGCCAGAGCCGCAAUACAUAGUGGAUCUGUGCUUUGGAGAAGAGUUCCCUGACCCCAGCCAACCAAAGACCAAGAAACUCAUAACAGCACAAGUGAUUCCUCUGUUUGCUGUAGAGUGUCUCCGCAGGCCUAAUCUAUCUGAUAAUAUGGAGAUGAAGCAUUCACCCCCACACAGGAGCAGUGUCCAAAAUGAUGCAUAAACAGCGAUUAACAUCCUUGUGUGUAGAUUCACCAAAUAAAAAAUGAAAUAUCUGCAUCUAACUUAACUAGAAUGGAAAAGAUCUAAAAAGAAAGAAAGAAAAAAUAGUUUAUUCUAACCAUAAUGGUCUUAUUAAUAAUGAUGGUACUGACAGAAUUCAAUUGUAAAUUCUCAAUAUUUUUGUAUGUUUUCAAAACUCAAAUAGAGAGUUUGGUUAGUCCUCUGUAUCACUUGGUUAAGUUAUUUCAGAAGGGAAAUAUGACUAAUGUGAGAAAACAGCUUGGCAUGUUAUGACAUAUUGCAAAAUUGCUUCUGUUUUUCUUGAACUCCUGAACAUUUUUUAAUUUUUGACCUGAUGGAGCCAUAAAUCAGAAUAUUUAAUCACUUUUUCUUUUCUUUUGUAGUUUCAUUAAGAUACUAAAAAUGGAAUUAGAUUCUUUCCAUAUAGAUCUAGAAAGCUUUCCUUUUAUUUCUAGCGAACAUUGUGUUACAGUCUCACAACUUUAAAAAUAUACAAUUUUAGAGCUAUAACAUUUAAAAAUAACAGCAAAUGUUAUCUGAAAAACCACAACAACAAAAAUAAAGUGAUAGAGUGUGCUUGAUCAAGAGUAGAUAUACCCGUAUCUGAGUUCAAAACACUAGAUUUCCAUAGUUUUUCCCUGCUCUCAAUCACACAGAAACAUUAAAGGGAAAACCACCAAUCACCAGAGGACCUUUCUGAUGUGUCAUUAGCACCGUCGCUCUUUAAAAAACACCAGUCCCGGGGCGGUGUGUGCGCGGGAAUCAAUCUCCAGCCAGGGCGGUUAAUUUCAUCAUUAGUGUGUUUUCCCUUGGUAAGAACAGACUGGAGUGUAAUGCUAAAGUGAACUAGCAUAUUGACCCCACACUGAAAGCUUGGCUGAAGGCUGCUAAUACAUUCAGCUUGCCUGCUAGACUGAAGGUACGAACGCAGUUCAUAAGCAUAAACAAGACUGCUUUACGAAAAUUACAAUAGACUUCUAUUUUUUUUUUUUUUUUUUUUUUUAUCAUAU